CACCGUCAGGCCUUGACAGUCCUAGAGUUCAGCCUGGUCACAGCUCUGCCUGAACAAGCAGUAUCCGAAGCACCAGCUAUACGUACAGACCUGAGGAGGAGCAGCAUGUCCCUACCGGAGUACCCCAGUUCUUGUGACUGCCUUGUUUCGCUUCCUCCAGCUUCACUUUCACCAGUUGUUAUUUUUGCAAAGAACUCGGACCGACCUUGUUGGGAGGUCCAAGAGAUUGUGUACUAUGGGGCGGCCACACAUCCACCAGGGUCAAAGGUUAUGUGCACCUACGUAGAAGUGGAGCAGACACCAAAGACACUAGCUGUACUGUUAAGUCGUCCAGCAUGGUUGUGGGGUGCAGAAAUGGGUGCUAAUGAAAUGGGGGUCUGCAUCGGAAAUGAAGCUGUGUGGACCAAGGAACCUGUAGAAGAGUAUGAUGCUCUCCUUGGCAUGGAUUUGGUCAGACUUGCUCUGGAGCGCGCCCCCUCUGCUAAAGUCGCUGUCAAGGUAAUCACUGACCUGCUCGCCCAGUACGGACAGGGAGGGAGCUGCAAGGAGGAGCCCCAGCCCUUCAUGUACCACAACACAUUCUUGCUGUGUGACCGCUUGGAGGCAUAUGUGCUGGAGACUGCUGGUCCAUACUGGGCAGUUGAGAGAAUUACAGAAGGUGCUCGGAACAUUUCUAACCAGCUGAGCAUUGGCACCAUGAUAUGGCAGGAGCACCCUCAGCUCCGUUCACAUGCCCUGGCACAGGGUUGGUGGAAUGGCACUGAAGAGUUUAACUUUAGACUUGUCUAUUCUUUAAAGACACAGCCAGUGCGUAUGGAGGCAGCAAAAGCAAGAUACAAGGCCGGGCAAGAACUGCUGCACAAACAAGAAGGGAACAUCACAGAAGAGUCAAUGAUGCAAAUUUUGAGAGAUAAGGAGAGUGGGAUCUGUAUGGACUCUGGGGGCUUCCGUACUACAUCCAGUAUGGUGUCUGUGCUUCCUCGCUGUCCUAAUUCACCUUGCAUCCAUCUACUGACUGCUACACCUGAUCCGUCCAGGUCUGUAUUCAAGCCUUUUGUGUUUGGUCCACGGGUGAAACAGGUGCCCUGGGUGUUGUCACCCACUUUUGGAGAAAAUGACCCUCUCAGGCAAACCCCUCGCUUUCAGACACAUGUGGACAGAAGGCAUGAGCUCUACAAGCAUCAUCAGAAGGCACUCGAGGCAUCUGAAGGAAAUGAGGAUACUCAAAGGAACCUACAAGACAAGCAAAGAAAGAUGGAAGCUGAAAAUCUUAAACUAGUCAACAAUCUUCUCAAUGGAAUAGAGACUCCUGACCCUUCAGACUUGUCUGACCUAUUUCUACACUGUGUGGAGAAGGAACUUGCAUUAUACAAGUGAUCUAAGGCUAACAUCCUCCAUAAUUGGUACCUGUCAUUCCCAUCUCCAAGACUUUUCCCAAACUACACCUACUGUCUGGAAUGCUACCUGGAAUAUCAGGUCAAUUCCUAACUUCUCUACCUUCAAACGUGUCUUGUUCGGGCAUACCCCCGUUUUCACCAAGGCAGCCCCCCUAAUAUGAGCUCCAAAGCUCUCCUUUGUCCAGGGAAAAGUUUUUUUUUUUAGGAGAUCUGGUAAUGUACCGUGCUCUCUAUAGAAACUGCUUGGUGGAGGAUUCCGCCCAGCAGUGAGCCCGGUGAUGUCACUGGUACUAAUGGGUGGGCUUUACCGCUGCCCUAGCCUGUAAAACAGCUAGGACAGAGCUAAAGCCCGCCCAUCAGAGCCAGUGAUGUCAUGGCAACACUGCUAGGUGGACGCCCCUGCCUAGUGGUGUUAAAAACAUAAAUAAAAAAGCCGUUCCCAUGUGCGAUCCAGCGCAGGGCAAGGGAGAGCAUCGGAGCAUUAGGGGGGCCAGAGGGGUAAAAAUGGGGUAUGUCUGGUUCAGCUCUAAACCUGGAGAAGCUCUUUAAAAAAACACAUCUUUUCGGGCAGGCUUAUGCUUUCUAAACUGACUUUUCCCCUACUAAACCCCCUCCCCUCCCAACUCUUAUUCUUUAGACCUGAACUCUAUCUUCUGACAGUAAUCCACACACCCAAACCACUAGCAUACACAGACUGGCCUACACUACUCCUACUACCUUAUGUGUCGCCCCCACUCCCUCAUAGAUUGUAAGCUCUUGCGAGCAGAACCCUCACACCUAGUGUUUCGGUUGUAUAUUAGAUGGUAACUUUGUGAUGUCUUUUGUUUUGUACAUGAACCCUCUGAAUCGUAAAGCGCUUCGGAAUAUGGUGGCGCUAUAUAAAUACAUUUAAGAAGCU